AUGGCACCUUCAGCAAUCAGUUCCUCGAUUGACGAGCAGGAUUCCUUCCACUCGACUGGAAUAUUCCCUCUCAAUGAGCAACUGAACAAUACACAUCUUGGUGGCAAUAUGACAAACGGUCACAUCAACCCUCUACCCAGCUCCUCAAACGAAACUCUCGACCUGCUCUGCAUCGGAUUUGGUCCCGCCUCCCUUGCAAUUGCGAUCGCUCUCCACGAUACCCAAUCUAUCCUCUCAAAGUCUCCAAAAGUCCUCUUCCUCGAGAAACAACCCCAGUUCGCAUGGCACGCGGGCAUGCAACUCCCAGGCGCGAAGAUGCAAAUCUCCUUCCUAAAAGACCUCGCCACUCCCCGUGAUCCCAGAUCAAAGUUCACAUUCAUCAACUACCUCUUUUCCCAAGGCCGCCUGAACCAAUUCAUUAACUUGAGUACGUUUCUACCAAGCCGAGUUGAGUACGAAGAUUAUCUCCGCUGGUGCGCAUCACACUUCGAGCGAGAAGGCAAAGUUGGCUAUGGAAUGGAAGUCUGCUCCGUCAAGAUCGGCUCUACCUCUCCAUCUACCGGAAAGGUCACCGGUUGGGAAGUCACGGCACGAGAUAACACGGGAGAUUUUGUCACGAGAACAGCUCGUCAUGUUGUGGUUGCAGUCGGUGGACGACCAGUUGUUCCAACGAUCAUGCAAGGACUCAAGCAUGUUGCUCACAGCUCCCAGUUCGCAAAUGCAAUCUCGAAGAUUGAGGAACAGGCUAGAGAAAGCAAAAGACCGUUAAGAUUUGCGGUCGUGGGUAGUGGACAGAGUGCUGCGGAGAUCUUUAAUGAUCUUUGGGAGAGAUUCCCUGAUUCCAAGGUUCGGCUCAUCAUCAAGGGAGCAAGUCUGAGACCUAGCGAUGACAGCCCUUUCGUAAAUGAGAUCUUCGACCCUGAUCGUGUGGACGGAAUCUACGCCCAAGAUCCAGACCAACGGGCCUUAGCUCUGGCUCUGGACCGAGGAACAAACUAUGGCGUCGUCCGUCUCACUCUCCUUGAACACCUCUACGAGAAACUCUAUAUGCAACGUCUCCGUUCCUCUUCUCCUAUGGAUUGGCGAGCCAACAUCCUCAAUAACCGCCAAGUUCUCUCCGCUACGCAAUCCAAGGAUUCUGGAGUUUUGUUGAAGCUGGGAGAAGUAUUGGAGAAGGAUGGAGCUGAAGAGGAAUUGGAGGUUGAUUACGUCUUUACCGCGACCGGGUACAAGAGAAAUGCUCACGAGGAAAUCCUCUCGGAUAUCAAGGAUCUCUUACCUGGAAGAGAAAAGGAGAAGUUUGGUAUUAAGCGGGAUUACAGUGUGGUCUUCGAUCAUGGGAAGGUGGAUGAGGCUGCUGGCGUUUGGUUGCAAGGAUGUAAUGAAGGAACGCACGGUUUGAGUGAUACCCUUCUUUCGAUUUUGGCUAUUAGAGGCGGAGAGUUGGUUCAGAGCAUCUUCGGAAGCGAUGCUGCUUCAUCGACUUCUGCAUCAACUGCGGCCAGCUCUCCUGCUUGA